UCAUUCCGCAUAACAUCUUUCGGCAGUCCUCAGAACUACAACUCCCAUCAGCUCUUUGCAUAUUUAGCAAGGCAAUGAAUGAUGGGACUUGUGGUUGUAUGAUAAUGGAACGGCUGUAGCCUCUUUAUUUAUGUUUCCGGGAUGCUGCUGGCGGUAGCGCUCAUCGUGAUUCCAGUGCUGGUUUUGUUUGCAUGCAAACGCUGGACAGACGCUUUCUAUGGCCUCGGAUCUAAUCGGCUUUUGGGGUUCAGGACCCCGUUGCUGCUUAUAGCUCACCCCGAUGAUGAGUGUAUGUUCUUUGCACCGACCAUUCUAGGGUUGCUCCGCAAUGAGCUGCCACUUUCCGUGCUGUGCUGCUCCACAGGAAAUUACUACAAUCAAGGGGAGAUCCGUAAGACUGAGUUGAUUAGAAGUUGUGCUGUUUUAGGAAUCCCUUCUUCCAAUGUUACGGUUAUUGAUCACAGGGACCUUCCUGAUGAUCCCAUGGCUCAGUGGGACCCCCAUCUGCUUUCCUCUCUAAUUCUGCGCCAUAUACAUGAAAAGAACAUUGAUAUGGUGAUCACAUUUGAUGAGGGUGGAGUGAGCGGACAUGCCAACCAUGUCUCAUUAUACAAAGCAAUAAGGUCCCUACAUUGUGCACAGAAGUUACCAGAAGGGUGCUCCAUUCUGCUGCUGGAGUCAGUGAACGUUUUGAGAAAGUAUCUGUCUGUCCUAGACCUGCCACUUAGCUGGCUGUGCCCACAGGAUGUCCUCUAUGUGUUACCGGAGAAGCAGUACCAGCAGGCCAAGGAGGCCAUGACUUGUCACCAAAGCCAACUGCUCUGGUUCCGCCAUCUGUACCUGCUCUUUUCCCGUUACAUGGUGAUCAACUCAUUGAGGUUCCUGUUCCGUGCAAAUGAACCAGACACCAAAGAGAAAAGCCAAUGACAGCAGCACUAUAUUGUAUUUGUGCUUUAGGAUCCACCACUGACCUUUAUCAUUCAUUUCAGUCAAAUCAACCCAAAUACCAUACCAGCACCUCAUGAACUGUGACAUCAUUCCUUCAAUGACGGCCCCGUGUAGCAGAUAAACAAAUGAAUAAAGCAAGUCAGGUUAGGCCUGGCUACUGACAUACUGUAUGAAUUACCAUUAUAUAAAUAAAGUACCCCCAGUUGCAAAAUAUGAGGAUAUUAGAAGUAACCUCGGCGUUCCAUGACCUGUAUAAAAACACGAGGCCGAAUUUAUAUGUUUCAUUAAAUAUUAUUUUUAUUUCAAAAUUACUGUGUAUUUUACUUUUCUGCUAUUCAGGCCACCUCUAUCUCCUGUGAGUCAUGUUCGUUGAUUAGCAAAGUGGAUCAUUGCCAACAAUGUUGUCCUUCCAUUUGUUAAAGUGGAGAGCAGUUCACCAAAGGGUCUGACCUUGCCACUAUUAUAGGGAACAUUCGUUACACAUGAAAGUGCAAUAUAGUAUUAUUACAGGACAGACUGCAACAUCCUCAUAACUAACCCCUUGGAACGUACCAUUAUAAAUUAUACCACAAGGUACAUAAAAGUGAACCCUAAUUAAAAGGGUGAGUUGGGGAUUUAAGAAAAGAAUUGUGGGUUUACGUCUAGUGAAAGAGAUACUGGGCAUGAUCCAGUGAAACUUUUGGUCAGAUUCAGGAUCUGAGACUUUACAAAUGCAUACCUCCCAACAUUUUGGAAGUAAAAAGAGGGACAAAAUUUAUUUUCACAUGUAGCACAGCUAAUUUUUUGACCACACCCCUUUCUGUGGCCACACCCCCUAAUUACCAUGUUAAU